UGCCGAAUCAGUUACCAGUUUGAGAACCUGCGGCCUAAUCGGCAAUUGGCCAACAUAGUGGAGAGGCUCAGGGGGUUCAAGCUGAACCCAGAGGAGGAGCAGAAGGUAUAUCACUGUGCACGCCAUGGAGAGAAGCUCCUACUCUUCUGUAAGAAGGAUAAUCAGGUCAUUUGCUGGCUUUGUGAGCGUUCUCAGGAGCACCGUGGACACUCCACAUUCCUCUUGGAAGAGGUUGUCCAGGAGUACCAGGAGAAGUUUGAGGAAAUGUUGCAAAACCUGAAGAGAUCCAAGGAAGAAGCUGAGAAGUGGAAAGUUGACAUCCAAACUGAGAGAACUUUCUGGAAGGUAGGAGGAAAUACUUUCUGAGGGAAUUAGCUAGAACUCUGGGCAGGAUCUUUUUCUUUAUUUCAUGGCAGUCUAUAAGGUGGAAAGUAUUUGAAUAAUCCUCUUUGCCCUUUUCCUUUUGGAGUGGAGGCUGGAGAGUGGGUACAACACAAAUGAGUACAGCUGUUUGGAGAGAGCUGUUCACAGGGAAGCACUCCAGUGAGGUUGGCUUGCAUCCUGUUGCUGUGGUGCUUUUUGAGACUCUGAUUCUACUGAAGGAAUACUUUGGCAAUGGGUCAUGGUUCUGUCUUCAAUGUUCAGCUUUUGGCAGAGGUUCAAGAGUGGAGUGAGGAAGUUGUAGCUGGAGAGUGGGCAUCCCCAAAAGUUAAGUGGUUCUUCUCCACUGUGCCAAUACAGUCGCCACCUUUUUUCUUUUUAAUUCCUUCCAAACCACUUGCUCAAAGACUAAGAUGCCCAAAUAGCGCUGGUUGGACCUACGGGAGGAUAACUCUUCUAACCAGAAGCCUGCGGGGAACAUGACAAAGAAGGACUGAGAAUGUGAUAGAGGGUUUAGAGAGCCAGAGAGGGAGAACAAAAGCCAGAAGGAAUUGUGAGCUUCAACCAAUUGCUAUGCUUAUCAGUGCUGUAUUAUGACCUUUGAAAGCUUCUCAUUUAUCUCAUUCAACACAUUCUGCUUAUUCAGCGCACACACUGGACAUGCAGGACACAAAUCACUUCUGCAGUGUAUUAACCCACUCACUCG